AUGAUUCGUUUCAAGAAGCAGUUAGAGAACUUUCAUAUGAAUUAUUUCAUGACUAUAAGCAAAUAAGCGAUGCUGAAAUAAAAGUGCAAUUCAAAAAUAAGUUAGAAAAUAAUAAAGAUUGUGCAAAAUACA